UGGAGGCAGAACAGUUUCACCGAGUGUGGCAUUACCGAUGUGUCAGUCGACUUGUGAAUAAUAACGGAAUACAAUUUAUAAAGUUUCAAUUGAAAACGUCAACAAACGGCAGUUGAAUGUUGACAGGAACUCACUGGCAAAUAUUUACGACAGGGGAAAUCGGUAUUGCGACUUUGGGGCACGUUUUUCGAUUUUAGAAUUGUAUUUCUAUUUUUAGUUCGAUGAGGAUUUAUAACUCAAAGUGCGUCUGACGUACGUCCUUAUCGAUUCGCAAUAAGGAGGGAAGAGUGAAAUAGUGAGGAGAAGAAACGUGCGGUUUUUGCAUGUUGAGUGAAUCAUUCGGUCAACACAUGUUGGAGAAUACGGCUGAGAUUGCCGAGUGAUAGAGGGUGUUGGGUGAAUGGUUGCUGGGGCACAUCGAGGGGGUAUUGAGAAGGUUCGAUGAUGAAUGGCACGGAUGUGGCGAUUAUGCAGGAGGGAGGAUUGGAGGGACAGUUUUCGAGACCUCUCACCAUCAUCGCCGCUGCCUGUGCGAUUCUCUUCAGCGUCGUUGGGGUUCUCGGAAACUUGGUGACUGUAAUAGCACUUCUGAAAUUCACUCGUCUGCGUCGUAACGCAACGACAGCAUUCGUCAUAAGUCUCAGUAUCUCAGACCUGAUCUUCGCGGCUGUUAAUCUGCCUCUGACAGCGAGCAGAUACUUGCACGAGGCGUGGAUACUGGGGGAUACAUUAUGCCAGAUAUUCCCGGUAUUUUUCUACGGAAAUGUGGCGGUCUCAUUGCUGAGUAUGGUGGCGAUAACACUUAAUAGAUACGUCCUGAUAUCAAAGCCUGAGCUCUACCCAAGGAUCUACACAACCCGUGGAAUAACAUUAAUGUUAAUAGCAAUAUGGGUCCUGAGUUUUUCAUUACUAUUACCACCACUUACCGGUAUCUGGGGCAAACUGGGGCACGAUCCGAAGACAUUCUCCUGCACGAUUCUGAAGAAGAAAGGCAAAAGCCCAAAGAAGAUGCUCUUCAUCAUCGGCUUCAUCGUCCCCUGCGUCGUGAUAAUCGUCUCGUACCUCUGCAUCUACUGGAAGGUCAGGGAGAGCCGAAAGAAGUUGGAGGCACAUGCGGGAUCCAGGAGGAACACUGGAUUCCAGAAGAGGGAGGACUCGAGGGUCACGAGACUAAUGCUCACAAUAUUCCUGUGCUUUCUUCUCUGCUUUUUUCCACUCAUGCUCGUCAACGUCAUCGAGUUCAAGGCACCAGUUGUUCAUGUAAUUGGGUCGAUUCUUGCCUGGGCUUCGUCAGUCGUUAAUCCGUUCAUUUAUGCCGGCACUAAUAAAUUGUACAGGGAGGCUUACAGACAAAUACUCUGUCCAAUGACCAGUAUGACUAAUGUCCCUGGGGUCAGACCUACUUGCUCGCACUCUAGCAAAGCCUCAGCUCCGCAAAUCAAGUGAAGUAGAAUUUUUUGUCUAGGAAUUCUUAAGGCUGAUCUUGUUAAAUUCGUGGAUUCUUCUAUUGAUCAAUUUUUUAUUUUUUUACGACGGAAUCUCGUGUAGUUUCGGGAAUAAUUAACUUUUGUAAACUCAAAGUGAGCGGGAAGGAGCUAGCGAUUGGGGCGAGGAAGAGUGUAAAUAGUGAAUGUACAGAAGGGGAGAAAUAAUUUUGAAUUCAGAAUUUUAUAGUUGAUUUAGGAAUUUUUGUAGGCUUUGAUUGAGGAUUUUGAGAUUGUUAAUGUGAGAUUUGUUGCCUGGUUAGAUGAGGAAUAUUUUGAGUUUGAGGAAAAUAUUCUUAGGUCAAGAAUUGUUGGCUUUGAUUGGAGAAUAAAAUAUUUUGCCUUCACGAAUCGAUGCCAUAAUGAAUAUCUUCUUUCUUGAUGUCUUACUUCACGUAUGAAGUAUUCAAUAGUUUGCUUUGAAGAAUAAAAUAUUCUGGAUUAAAAAAUGAAUAGAAUUGCUACUAAAAUUGAAUAUUCUAGCUUCAAAAGGCAAUAUUCUUCAUGAUUGAUAGAAUGUUUUCAAUUCAAGACUGACGAUUCUGAAUUCAAGAAUAAAACUUUUUGCCUUUGAGGUUUAAUCGUCUCGUUUGAAGGAUUAAAUGGGGAGCCUAAAGCUGAAUUCCAGGAAUCAUAUUCUUCCUUCAAUACUAAAAAGUCGAUGACUCAAGAAUUCUGAGAAAAAAUUCCUGAAUCAAGCACGAUUACUCCUAAAUUGAGAAUUCUCGUAUUCUCGACUGAAAAAGUAUCAAAUUCUCAAUUCAAAAAUACACUCCCUCGUGUAGUUUUAAGUGUAUUCUAAAAAUACUGAUGAGGAGAUAAGAUCUUUGGAUUGAAAUUGCAUGUCAAGCAAUUGCAGUCCUAAUUAUAAUCCGACGAAUUCGUAUACAAUAAAACCUGCGAUUAAUGCUAAGACUUAAUUAUCUUACAAUUGAUGAGAAAAUAUCACAGUGAUAUUAAACAACAUCAGUGAUCUUUUUUUAUUAUAAAAAAGUAUUCAAUAUUUUCUAAUCUUUAGAAUUAUCGGGACCAACUUAUGAAUACCGAUAUUCAUCAGCUGCUUUGAACGUUUGAUAUCGACUGAUAUCAAGUAGCUCUGCUUUUUCAAUUGUAUUUGUCGCCAAAUUGUUUUGUACUUUGGUGAUCAUGAGAUUACUUUUUUUCAAUACAUGAAAGCACUCAUGUGAUGCGUGACAAAGUGAAAAUCUCGAUGAAAAGAGCGUUAUUGUUCGAUGAAUAAAAUUGAUUGAAUUAAAAACACUGUGUCAGUAUUAAAAAAACCAUAGAAAAACAUCUACUCUAUCUCUUCGCAAGAAAAAAAUUAAAAAAUCAUAACUACAUCAAAAAAUGUACUAAUUAUGACUGAUUAAGUAAAAUGGACGGAAAUAAUCGCAAUUUGAGCCUGAACGCCUCGUAAAUAUACAAAAUAAAAUAAACCCUAGAGGACCGAAAACAAUUGGCUCAGAGAUCUAGUGAUUCCUCGAAACUUCGUUCUUUAGUUAAUGAAAUUUUUGUGCUUGGUAACUGAACGUCUGAAGGUACACGACCUUGUAAGCCGAGUAAGUUGGAAAUAUGAUACAAAAUAAGCGCAGUCAGAGCUCCAUUAUUUUUU